CAACAACCACGUUUGCCGGCGUCUGCGAAGUUUUUUUUUCCCCUUGCGUCUUCUUCAUUUUCAUACUUAUCGCGUAAAAGAAAUAUUAGCCGCAUAAUAGUUGAAUCUGCGUUGAAAGAACGUGUUUCCCUGCGAACUUUUUGAAUAAUGGAUUUCCAAAAUCGAGUUGGUGGUAAAACAGGAGGAGGAGGUGUAGCAUCAUGGUCAGAAUCAAAUCGAGAUCGACGUGAGCGUCUGAGACAAUUGGCCCUCGAAACCAUCGAUCUCAACAAAGACCCAUAUUUUAUGAAAAACCACUUGGGUACCUAUGAAUGUAAGCUUUGUCUGACACUUCACAACAAUGAGGGAAGUUACUUAGCUCACACUCAAGGCAAGAAGCAUCAGAGUAACUUGGCUAGACGAGCUGCAAAAGAUGCCAAAGAUUCUCCUAUUCAGCCCUCUUUGGAGAAAGCUCGUGUAGACAUCCGGAAAUUCGUAAAAAUUGGUAGACCAGGUUACAGAGUGACGAAACAGCGUGAUCCAACAUCUGGUCAUCAGAGCAUGCUUUUCCAAGUUGAUUAUCCAGAAAUUGCUGAAGGAGUUGCACCUCGUCACCGUUUUAUGUCAGCUUAUGAGCAGCGUAUUGAACCACCAGACCGUCGUUGGCAAUAUCUGUUGUUCGCUGCUGAGCCCUAUGAAACAAUCUCCUUUAAAAUUCCCUCUAGAGAGGUUGACAAAAGUGAAGGUAAAUUCUGGACCCAUUGGAACAAGGAUGCCAGACAGUUUUUCCUUCAGUUUUCAUUCAAACUCGAUGGCCGUAAGCCCUCCAUGGCCCCUCCACCUCCUCCACCUGGAAUUCCUCGACCUCCAGCAAAUUUACCUCCUCCACCGGGAGUAAUGGGCAUGGCUCCACCUCCUCCACCCCGACAAAUGUACAAUUUUAUGGGCUGAAUUUAAUUUU